AGCAGACCACUGGCAGACACUCCCGGCACUCUCGCGUGUUCGAAGCUCUGUUGGUUUACCGAAGCACACGUGUUCGUUCUACAUUUCUCAAAAAUGGCAGAAGAUGAUAAAAAGAAAACUAAAAAGAAGUCACUUGGGGAGAUGCAACUGGAAUUCAAGUUUGAAAUUGAACCUUCUGAUGCGCCUGUAAAGAUGGAACAUAAAGAUUGGCCUCUUCUGUUUAAGAACUUCCAUAAGCUGCUCACACGAACAAAACAUUACACUCCUUUAGCUAGUGGCUCAACGCCAUUAAAUAGAGAAUUAUCAGAGUACAUAAAAUCUGGAUGCAUUAAUUUAGAUAAACCAUGCAAUCCUUCAUCGCAUGAAGUUGUUGCAUGGAUAAAAAGGAUUUUAAGAGUAGAAAAGACCGGUCAUUCUGGCACAUUGGAUCCUAAAGUAUCUGGUUGCUUAAUAGUGUGCAUUGAUAGAGCAACUAGAUUAGCUAAAGCACAGCAAUCUGCUGGGAAAGAAUACGUUUCAGUUUUUAAGUUGCACUCUGCUCCUGAAAGUGUACUAAAGGUACGUCAAUCACUGGAGAGAUUACGUGGUGCACUGUUUCAACGGCCUCCACUUAUAUCUGCAGUUAAGCGUCAGCUUCGCGUUAGAACGGUCUUCAGUAGUUCGUUCUUGGAUUAUGAUGAAAAUCGACAUAUGGGCGUGUUCAGAGUUAGUUGUGAGGCUGGUUCGUACAUCAGAACUAUAUGUGUUCACCUUGGUCUCUUCUUAGGCACCGGUUGCCAAAUGCAAGAACUACGUAGAUGCCGUUCUGGAGUACAAUCCGAGAAGGAUGGUAUAGUUACCAUGCACGAUAUACUUGAUGCUCAAUGGUUAUAUGAUCACCAUGGAGAUGAUACAUACUUAAGGAGAGUGAUUAAACCUCUAGAAUGUCUCCUUGUAAAUUAUAAAAGAAUUAUCAUGAAAGAUAGUGCAGUAAAUGCUAUUUGCUAUGGAGCUAAAAUUAUGUUGCCGGGUAUAUUGAUGUACGACGAUGGCAUAGAAUUGAAUCAAGAAAUUGUAUUAGUAACAACAAAAGGCGAAGCUAUAGCACUUGGGAUAGCAUUAAUGACAUCUCCUACGUUGGCUACUUGCGACCAUGGCAUCGCCGCAAAAAUAAAAAGAGUCAUUAUGGAAAGGGAUCAAUAUCCAAGAAAAUGGGGCCUGGGGCCUAAAGCUCUCAUAAAAAAACGCAUGAUUCUGGAAGGAAAAUUAGAUAAGUAUGGAAAACCAAAUGAAAACACACCUAUAGAUUGGGUAGUUGAUGAAAGAGGACUUACUACUACCACUGGUGUUUCUGCAUCAACUGCUACUAUUACUACUACUACUCCACCUGUUACUAAAAUUGAACAGCCUGAAGAUGAAAAUGGAUCGCCUGAUGGCGCUGCAAAGAAACGCAAAUGGCAGGAGACAAAACUAAUUGCUUCAACAGAAGAUGUAGUAAAAGAACCGGUUGAUGAUCCAGAAACGAUAUCGCCCAAAGGGAUAAAGAAAGAGAAGAAAGAUAAGAAGAAGAAAAAGAGGAAAGAAAAAUCAGCAUCUGAAUCAGAAGAUUCAAUAGUAAUGGAUGUUGAAGGCACAGUUGAGGAAACACCGACUAAAGAAGAGAAGAAAAAUAAAAAGAAGAAGAAGAAAGACAAAAAUAAUGUAGGACCAAAUUCAAAUUGAAAAUAAGGAAUUAUGUUUUGUAAACAAUUGUUUACAGAAUAUAAUAAUCUUCCCACAAAUUUAUACAAGAAACACGUGAUCUCGUUCAUAAGGACGCAAAUCCUCAACAGAAAGACCAUUUACGAAAAGUAAAUCUGAUUUUACGGGAUUUGAUUUUUAGAAAAGUUUAAUUUUCUUUGAUACGUAUUAGCAUAUUAAAUUGAAGAGAAUAUGUAUUUUGUAUGUCUGUAAACUUGUACAGACCGUAAAUCAAACUGUCACUAUUUAGUAAGUACUUAGAAUGUACUGCAAAACUUAACUUACAGUAAGACUGUAUCAUUUUUUACAAAUGGAAGUUAAGUUUCCUUGCUGAAGAUGUGUAUUGGUACGCGGGAUGAAUUUUAUAUCUGUACUUGUACAUAGUUAAAAACCUGCAUUUGCAAAUAUCAUGAAAUAUUUCUUUAUAAUUUUAAUACAACAUUAUUUUUUUAGUUUCCAUUAACGUCCGACAUCUCAAAACAUUCAAAUUCUGUAUCACUUAACAUUAUCGUCAUAUACUAGCAUUUACGUCUGACAUGUAUAUUUCGUUGUAACAGAUGUUAAGUUAUAUAUGUACUGAAUGUAUGUAAAACUUUACAAAUCCAUCAAAUAAAAAUAUAUAAAUAUAUAUUUCCAGA